AGCAUCUCAUUUCAAACAUUCAUAGCCGUUUCUCUCUCGGUGGCAACAAGAUGCAGAUCUUCGUGAAAACCCUAACGGGGAAGACGAUCACCCUGGAGGUGGAGUCGUCGGACACCAUCGACAACGUGAAGGCCAAGAUUCAAGACAAGGAGGGCAUCCCGCCGGACCAGCAGAGGCUCAUCUUCGCCGGAAAGCAGCUCGAGGACGGCCGAACCCUAGCCGACUACAACAUCCAGAAGGAGUCCACUCUCCACCUGGUGCUUCGUCUCCGAGGCGGAGCCAAGAAGCGUAAGAAGAAGACCUACACCAAGCCCAAGAAGAUCAAGCACAAGCACAAGAAGGUCAAGCUCGCCGUCCUCCAGUUCUACAAGGUCGACGACUCCGGCAAGGUGCAGAAGCUCAGGAAGGAGUGCCCGAAUGCCGAGUGCGGCGCCGGGACCUUCAUGGCCAACCAUUUUGACAGGCACUACUGUGGUAAGUGUGGCCUCACCUAUGUUUACCAGAAGGCCGGUGGCGACUGAGUUUCUUCUUUUACUACCAUCAAUGUUCUUGGGGAUUUGAACAGAUGGCUUAAUUUCAAGGUUUAGAACCUGUAAUCCUCUUUGUUGAGGUUUAUACUGAGAAUUUUGAAUCUGUAGUUUAAUGGAUAGUUUUUGUUAAAAUUAUUUACCUGCCUUACAAUGGUGAAAUUCAGUAAUUGCUAUUAGAUUGUCGA